GCAAAUAUGAAAUCAUUAGUUUUAAUAUUCCUAACAGCUGUGAAUUUGAUCGUUUCGGCGAACGGGACAACCUUAGAAAAGCGGGAUAACGGAAUGUCAGUGAUGACACCCCUGAGAUGUCCACCGGUUUGCAUGAUGUAUUGCGAAUUCGGUAACGUCUUGAAUGCCAUUGGAUGCCCAACCUGUCAAUGUAAGCCGAACCCUAAAUGCGGACCCGUUUGCCGUAUGUACUGCGAAUUUGGAAACGUUUUGGAUGUCAAUGGAUGCCCGAUCUGUCAAUGUAAUCCGAAUCCGAAUUGCCCACGAGUUUGCCGUAUAUACUGUCAAUUUGGAAAUGUUAUGGAUGCCAACGGAUGUCCAAUCUGUAGAUGCAACCCUGCACCCAGAAACCUGGCGUCGUUGCCCGACACUUCACAAGGUGGGCGGAGCGGAUUACUUUCGAAUGCCUUUACAGCUGUAGAUAGGACGGCCAAGAAAUGUCCAGGGGUAUGCGAAAUGUUCUGUCUAUUUGGAAAUGUUUUGGAUGCCAAUGGAUGCCCAAUCUGUGAUUGCAACCCUGCACCCAAUAACCUGGGGUCGUUGCCCGACACUUCACAAGCCCGGAAAUGUCCACAUGUUUGCAGGUUACAUUGCGAGUUCGGUAACGUCUUUACUGCCGAUGGAUGCAAAACCUGUCAGUGUAAACCGAACCCGAAUUGUCCACCUGUUUGCGCUAUAUUCUGUCAAUAUGGAAAUGUUAUGGAUGCCAAUCGUUGUAAAACCUGUCAAUGCAAUCCGGCACCUAGUGACUUGGCGUCCUUGCCCGACACUACUUUACAAGGUGGGCGGAGCGGAUUAUUUUCGAACGCCUUUACAGCUGUAGAUACGACGGACACUAGAAGAUGCCCUAAAUAUAAGUGCUCCAUAUUUUGCGUAUUAGGUAAACGUGUGGAUGCUAAUGGCUGUCCAAUCUGUUCUUGUGAAGAAUACCCUGAUUCUAGAUCUAGAGGUGUAGCAACUGUGUGCCUUCCUAUCAUGUGCCCCCCCUGUCCAUAUGGAUAUGUUAUUGGGCAUCAUGGAUGCCCAAACUGUCAAUGUAAGCCAAACCCGAAUUGCCCACCCGUUUGCGAUAUAUUCUGUCAAUUUGGAAAUGUUCUAGAUGCCAAUGGUUGUAAAACCUGUAAAUGCAACCCUGCACCCAGUAACUUGGCGUCGUUGUCUGACUCUUCACAAGGUGGGCGGAGCGGAUUAGUUUCGAACGCCUUUACAGCUGUAGAUACGACGGUCAGAUCUAGAUGUUCUCCUAUCAAAUGUUUAAUAUAUUGCGAAUACGGUAACGUAGUGGAUGCUAAUGGCUGUUCAACCUGUUCUUGUAAAGAUUAUCCUGAUUCCGCAUCUAGAGCAGCUCAGCCUCUGUGCCCUCCUAUUAUGUGCUUCGUCUGUCCAUAUGGAAAUGUUGUUCAAGAAAAUAGUAAUGGAUGCCCAAUUUGCAACUGCAAAAUGUACCCAACAACGAUAAAUCUCGAUUGAAAACUCUAUGAAACA